AAGUCAGUUGUUUGAAGACAGAAGUGUACAAAAGAGCAGCAAUUCUGAUUUUGUGUUUGGAGAAAACAUGGUUGAGAGAGUUUUGAGUCCUGAAAAGCACCCCAAGCCACGUAAUGAAGCUGAUUCAUACAAAGGAGAAGUAACAUCCAUGUACAUAGAAUCUUUUCCAGUCAGUCCGCAAACAAAAACAGCUUUUUUGAGGAAUGCAACACUAAUUGAAUCAGCAGCUGCUUGUAUUUCCAACCCAGUGGAGAAAAUUCUGUUAGAUAAAGUUGAAGUUAUAACUGGAGAAGAAGCAGAACAUAACGUAUUACAGAUCAACUGCAAGCUCUUUGUAUUUAAUAAGCUUUCUUUAACCUGGAUUGAAAAAGGUAGAGGAUCCCUGAGGCUUAAUGACACUUCCAGCAAUAAAUGUGGAAUGCUGCAGUCCAGGCUAAUUAUGCGAAAUCAAGGCAGCUUGCGACUGAUUCUUAACACCCGACUCUGGGAUCAAAUGGUUAUAAAAAGAGCAAACAGAAGGAGCCUGUGCUUCACUGCAACAGACCAGGAGGACCACUCUGUUCAAGUAUUUCUAAUUCAGGCAAGCUCAAAAGACACUGGAUACCUGUAUGCAGCAAUACACCACCGCCUUGUGGCAUUGCGAAGCUUUGCUGAGCAAGAGUCGGAUGCUAAUCAAGUAGACACAGAGUCAGAAACAGCUUUUCAGCCAUUAGAGUGUGAUAGCGAUGAUGAAGAGGAUGAAAAAGUAACUCAAGUGAGCAACAGUGGAUCUG